AUGGAAUAUGUAGAGGCUGAUGUGUCGCUUGCCAGAGAAAAUUUGGACCAGAUUCUAAUCGCAUAUAAAGAAAACCCCGAGAAAGUAAAAGAAAGCCUUAAGUACAAAGAUGAAGUUAUGAGUCGAAAAGAUGUAAUGGAAAAAGAGAAAUUCAGGUCACCCCUAUAUAAAGUUGGAGGUGGUGAUUUAAAACGCAGGAAAAGAGGACUGGCGUCAGAUGAUGACGAUAUGUACAAAGAAUCGUUUGUUAUCAAAGUUUUUGAAAGAAGCGUCGAUUUUGGUCAAUUUGGUGACAACGCUCCGCUGUACCCAAUGGCACGUGCGUGGAUUCGUAACCUAAAUCAAGGCGACAAAUCUGCAUGGAACGAUAUCCCAAGCAACGAAGACGAUCGUGAAGGCAGUGAUCAGCUACCAGAUUGUCAUUAUGCUCUACCGAAGCCGAAUGACGGCCUAACAGACAGUCAAGUGCGUGUGCCUCAGCCGUUGCCAUCUUCUGGACAGCCAUUUGUUAUCAACGUUGAAAACCCUCCAAAGGAAAUGUCUCCAGAAGGCCUACUAGAACAACACAUAACCCGCUGGCGUGAAAUUAGGCGAAAGUGGAAGGCAGCAUGCAGGGAAAACGAGGAACGCUACAGGGACUCUUAUAUUAUCCUCCGGGAAAUGUAUGAUAAGUAUUGCAAAGAUCUUCCGUAA